AUGCAAGCACAAGGUACAACUGAAGCCAAUAGCCCCGAUGGAAUAUCAAAUUCUGAAGUUAAUGUAAAUUCUAACAAUACUAACUCGCCACUAUUAUCACAAGAACAAUUGAUUGCGUUGAAAUUUCAAAUCUUAGCAUUUAAAUUAAUAUCUCGUAAUAUACCAAUGCCACCACAAUUAGAACAGGCAAUGUUUAAUCCAGAACCUAUCCAAGGAAUAAUGUCUAUGCAAGAUUUGUCCAGAUUAAUAUCUGAAAAACCUGCUCA